AUGCCUGUUUACCACAUAGUCCUAUUCCGCCUUAAGCCUGGCGUGACUCCAGCUCAGAUUUCCACUUGGAAGGAGACUUGCCAGGGGAUGGUUGGAAAGAUUCCAGGACUGCUGUCCAUGCAAAGCGGAACUCCGUUGCCGAUUUCAAUUCCCCGUGCUAAAGGCUUUGAUAUGGGACUCGUUGCUGUGUUGGAGACAGCCGAGCAUGUUGCUACCUAUGCUGUGCACCCAGCCCAUCUUGAGGUCCAUAAGAUGCGUGAAGAGCUAUGCGAUGACACGUUGGCGUAUGACCUAGAGUUCUAG